AUGGAUUGUGUUUUUCAGUUCUUUUCAGGAAGAGGAGGGUGUGGUUGGGGACUUUCGAUACCGCUGAGGAGGCAGCAAAAGCUUAUGACGAGGCUGCGAAUUUUAAUGAGUGGAAGAAAUGCAAUAACCAACUUCCCUAUUGUGGCUAAUGAAGAUGGCAAUGAUAAUUCUUCAACGUCGCCAUCUUCCUCCUCUCUUUCAUCAAUUCUCGAUGCUAAACUUCGCAAGUGUGAUAAAUGGCAAUAUCCUUCUAUCACUUGCCUAAGGCUCGACCCCGAAAAGCCCCAUAUUGGGGUGUGGCAAAAGGGCGCUGAAGUACAAUCUGAUUCAAAUUGGGUGAUGACAGUUGAGCUUGGAAAGAAGAAUAGUGAGUGUUAG